GCCGAAAUGAAGCUGCUCGUGGCCUGCCCGGACCAGGAGGUCUUCCUGGUCGCCGUCGAUGGCGAGAACUCCAUCAAGACGCUCGCUAAAGACAUCCGCACCAAGUUCUCUAGCAUCUACCACGACCGCGACGAGCUCUCGGCGGACCUCUUCCUCCAGAAGGCCAUCCCGGGCAUCACGGUGGGCCAGCGCACGGAUGCGCCCAUGGCCGACGUCGACCCGGCCAUGUCGGUCGCCGACGCCUUCAACGAGAUGGAAGUCGUGUACGUGCAGACGGGCCGCAUCCGCAAGCGCGCAGCGCCCGACGCCGAGGCCAACCAGCCCCCGGCCAAGAAGGCCAAGAAGACGGUGACGCCCGCCCACACCACCGAAAAGCCCAAGGCAACCAAGGCCGUCGCGCCCAAGCCCGUUGCGCCCAAGGCCGUCGCGCCCAAGCCCGUUGCGCCCAAGCCCGUUGCGCCCAAGCCCGUUGCGCCCAAGACUGCGAAGGCUGCUCCGGCACCGGAGACCACUGCCGAAAAGACCCCGAAGAAGGCCAAGAAGAUCGCAACGGACGCCCCGCUGGAGGUGGCCAAGGCAACGGCGCCCAAGGUGGUCGCCCCGAAGCAGGCUGCUCCUAAGGAAACUGCUCCUAAAGAAAAGGUGAUCAAGGACAAGGUGGUCAAGGAGAAGGUGGUCAAGGAGAAGGUGAUCAAGGAGAAGGUCGUCAAGGAGAAGGUCGUCAAAGCAAAGGCAGCCGUCCCCACGCCGGUUGUGACCUCGCAGGAGGCAAUCGUGCUUCCCUCGGUGCCCAUCUACUCGAGCUCGGAAGACGAAGAUGACAAGCCGAUCAAGAAGAAGGCGCCCGUUGUUGCCGCCGCUGCGGUUGCUGCCACAGCGCCCGUUGUUCAGGAAAAGAAGAUCACGACGUCGCCGGCUGCCGAGGCCGCGUCAACCGAAGUGUCGCCGGCCCCCAAGAAGCGCAUCGUCAAGGCCAAGGUCGCUGCCACUGCUGCCCCUGCUGUCAAUGGCGAGUCUGCCGCUACUGCGGUCGUCUCCCCUGCCCCCAAGAAGCGCGUCACCAAGCCCAAGGCUGCUGCUGUCGAAGCUGUGGUCGCCGUGGAAGGUGCUACGGUUGUCGCCACGGAGGUUUCGCCCGCUCCGAAGAAGCGCGUCACCAAGCCCAAGGCUGCUGCUGUCGAAGCUGCGGUCGCUGUGUUUUGGUGA